GGCGCGCCUCGGAGCCAUAGGCUUCCGGAGCGGAUGGCUCGGCUGCCUGCCGGGCCUGAAAGCCCUGGCGCCGUCGUGGCCCGAGUAGAGGAGUGAGGCGGCGUCUGCGCCCCUCGCCAUGGAGGGCAGCCCAGCCCCGGUCCGGGUCGCCAACCUCCGCCGCCGUCCGUGCCGCGCCUGUCAGCUCCCGCUGCUGCUCUCAGGGAGCCGUCUCCUCCUCACCUCGAAGCCAAAAUGAAGGAGACCCGGGGCGACGGCGGGGGCGCCCCCUUCUGCACCCGCCUCAACCACUCCUACCCCGGCAUGUGGGCGCCCGAGCGCUCCGCCGAGGCGAGGGGCAACCUUACGCGCCCCCCAGGGCCCGGCGAAGAUUGUGGAUCGGUGUCCGUGGCCUUCCCCAUCACCAUGCUGAUCACCGGCUUCGUGGGCAACGCGCUGGCCAUGCUGCUCGUGUCGCGGAGCUACCGGCGCCGGGAGAGCAAGCGUAAGAAGUCCUUCCUCCUGUGCAUAGGCUGGCUAGCGCUCACAGACCUGGUCGGGCAGCUGCUCACCACCCCCGUGGUCAUCGUCGUGUACCUGUCCAAGCAGCGCUGGGAGCAGCUCGACCCGUCGGGGAGGCUCUGCACCUUCUUCGGGCUGACCAUGACUGUUUUUGGGCUCUGCUCGCUCUUCAUCGCCAGCGCCAUGGCCGUCGAGCGGGCGCUGGCCAUCCGGGCGCCGCACUGGUACGCGAGCCACAUGAAGACGCGCGCCACCCGCGCCGUGCUGUUGGGCGUGUGGCUGGCUGUGCUCGCCUUCGCCCUGUUGCCCGUGCUGGGCGUGGGGCAGUACACCAUCCAGUGGCCCGGGACGUGGUGCUUCAUCAGCACCGCGCGAGGGGGCAACGGAACUAGCGCCCCGCACAACCGGGGCAAUCUUUUUUUCGCUUCCACCUUCGCCUUCCUGGGGCUCUUGGCCCUGGCUGUCACCUUCGCCUGCAACCUGGCUACCAUUAAGGCCCUGGUGUCCCGUUGCCGGGCCAAGGCCACGGCAUCGCAGUCCAGUGCCCAGUGGGGCCGGAUCACGACCGAGACGGCCAUCCAGCUCAUGGGGAUCAUGUGCGUGCUGUCGGUCUGCUGGUCGCCGCUACUGAUAAUGAUGUUGAAAAUGAUCUUCAAUCAGACAUCAGUUGAGCACUGCAAGACACACACAGGAAAGGAGAAAGAAUGCAGCUUCUUCUUAAUAGCUGUUCGCCUGGCUUCAUUGAACCAGAUCUUGGAUCCUUGGGUUUAUCUGCUGCUAAGAAAGAUCCUUCUUCGAAAGUUUUGCCAGGUAGCAAAUGCUGUCUCCAGCUGCUCUAAUGAUGGACAGAAAGGGCAGCCUAUCUCAUUAUCUAAUGAAAUAAUACAGACAGGAGCAUGAAAGAGAACACUUAAUUACCUUGCAUGUUCACAGCUUUUGGCAACAAAUAUCCCUAAACCUUACUGUGAAGUUAGGCAUCUCUGGCAUGCCACUGUUUAUGCAUUGAAGUGGAAUUUUUGAUAUAAAGCUAAAUAGUCUCAGAAUCAUAGAUAAUCCCUUAUGUGCCAAAAGUAUUGAAACACAAACAAAAAUAUAUUAAUAGCAGUCUAGUGUUUUUUGGGUCUCUGCCAUUUGUAGUUGAAUGUGAUUAAUUAUGUGAUGAAAACAUUUUUUAUAAAUGACCUUCGUCUAUUGGUGGGAGGCAGGGAUAGCUACUCUUCCAGUAUACUGAGCACAUGGGGGAUUUAACCGCAUAUAUCACUGAAGACAAGGAGAUAGCGAUUUGUUUUUGUUCAGGGACAUUGGUCUCUGUGUUCUCUUUCAUUGUUUCUCUACUUUCCCUCUGUCAUUCCCCCACCCUUACAUUUUUAGGAGAGUUUAAAUUGGAUGAAAAAAAGUAUCACAUAUCCAGAAUAUUCAUUGAUACUGAGUUAUUUAAAUAUUGCUCAUUAUAUCAAAUUAGCUCCUAACCUUACAGAGUUUAAGUUCUGGUUGGGUUGAUAAUUAGGUUUGCUCCUUACGUGAAUAAGAGUUCGUGACUACCAAAUUGCUAAAUAUUCUUUCUUUUGAAUACAUUUUGCAUUCCUACAAGCCUGGAGAAGAUUCAUGAAACUGAUCUAUAAGAGACAGUGAAGUGAUUUUUCCAAAUGCGGUGUAACAACUGCUUUGAGCAAAAUAUGGGUACUCUGAUUAAUUAUUUCCUCUGAUUUUUCCACCAAAAGUAUUCUCUGGUCUUUUGAAUCUUCAAAUACCAACUCUGAUUCUACAACAAAUAAAUAUUUUGAAGAUUUGAUGAAGACUUUCCAUUGUUUGGCCUAUUUAUAGGAUAAGAAAAUGAAUAAUUUUGGCCUGUUGCAGCUCUUUCUCUGCCCUGUCCUCAAAGUAACUCUAUCUAAAUAUUUAUUAUUAAAAUGUCUUUCCUACAAUAUACAUGAAUACAAACCUUGAUAGCUAAGCUUGACAUCUUUGUGGCACAAGUAGAUCACUACAUUAAGUUUUGGGAAUUGCAGUUUUUACAAAAGUGUCCCCAUCAAACACAGUGGUCCUUUAAGUUAAACCUACCCAAAAUGCUGUCACAUUCUUUGGCACAUUCAUUUUGUAAAUCCAUUUUAAUUGGUUUUAAUUGCAGGCUAUUUCAUUGCUUUCCUAGUUUUUUAAAAGCUUGAGAUUUAUACUUUGUAUA